GUAAGGUUCACCGCACCCACAUUCAGUUCAUUCGACGCUGAAUAGAAGGCAGUGCACCAAGAAGCAAAUCCACGCCACGGACGGAUAACCGCGAGGUGAAUGAUGGCCCCAGCAACCUUGUCGAAAGAGUGAAUCCGCCGCUCAAACAAUCGCAAUCCGAGAGUGGAUCCAACGAGUUCACGUCUGAGGAGAAUCCAAUAAAAUUACGUGAGGAAAACGAUUCCCUCAGAGUCCAAAUUCGGCUCAGAGAUAGAGAAAAUGCACGGUACCUAGAUGCAGUGAAUGAGAACCGAGAGACGAUGCAGAUGCAGUCUGAUAAGAUACGCGCCAAGGAGUCGAAGAUUCAGGACCUUCAAAGAACGAUUCAGGCAGAUCAGCAAAGGCGAUUGCAGUCGUCAACGCGCCUUCGAGAACAAGAAAUAAGACAUCGGGAACAAGAACGCAGCAUGCGAGAUCUACAAGCACAACUGGACCAGUUAACAAAGAACCUUUCGGACUCGUACCAACGUACGGAGCAACUAGAACGAGCUUGGAAAGAAUCGACAGAAGAAGUGGCAAAGCUGCGUCAGCAGAGUUCCGUUCACAAAGUGGACGACAAUACAUUGAAAGCAACGUACGGGGAGGUAAUCUAUUCGGUUGGAAAUUGGGCGAGUAAUUACUGUGGAGGACGCGAUGCAUCCUUUCACGAGGCCGACUUGUUGCCACUCAAAUCGCUCACCCGCCAUUAUCGUCAAUACGUUUCUUCAGAAGUCCUUAGGCCCGUACUCAUCCAAAGCUUGGUGAUGAGAAUGUUAGUAGAGAACAUCUUGUACUCAGGCUCGGAACUAAACGGUUUACUGUGGGCUGGUCGUCUCAGCCCCGGUUUGCGCUUAGUCCAGAAGGCCCUCCAAUUCGGAGAUGGCUAUGCAACUCAAGAGCUCUUAAUGACGGGGCAGAUUCGACAAUCGCAGGUCCAAGAGUAUAGUGCAUGGAAGGCGAAGAGUGCGAUUCUUGUGGCUGAGGUAGCUACAGAACCGGACAUCGAUCUUCUCAUUACCGGUAUGCAAGACCGCUUCCGGGAAAGACUCAGUCCCUUCGUCACGUGUAAGAAAUCAGAAGUGUGGACAGAUCUCCGUGAGAUCAUUCAGACAACAGUAAGACUAGAUAAGGAGAUCCACAUGUCUAGAGCACUGUUCACUUUCGACAGGUGGAGUGGCCCAGAGGAGGGUGGUCUCGGAUUUGAAUUUGACGAAGAAAUAUCUGCAUCGGCCCAAGGAUUUGAACCAGCGAAAUUCGGCAUGAAGGUCGAACUGGUCGUAGCACCCUUCUUUAUGAAGACGGGUACGGGAGACGGGGACGCAUAUGAGACGAACUUAUAUCUAUCGAAGUGUGUUGUGGUCUGUACAGAGAGCCGAAGGAAGCUAGAGAAUUUCUGAGAGCCCAGGUGCUUGAUGUUGCCGAGACUGGGUGUUUGACGUGCUAGGACGGGAAACGUCGCGGAUGUACCGUGAUAGCAUCAAAUCUCAAUGACGCCUCGAACUAUAGCACUCAGUUUCUGAAUACGAUAAUAG